ACUUGUACACUCUCCCAGCAGCCAGCUGCCUCGUCGGCGCUCCCAGACCCUUCGAGAGGGAACAAGCAUGGCUUGGCCCUCCAACAAAAUCCAGCCAGCUCCUCCCUCCGCUCGCAGUCGCCAGGCCAAAACCAAGCAGGACUCUGCUAUUUUUCGGCUGCGGCGGGUACCCAUCCGAUCCCAGAUUCAGGAAUCAGGAGCAAGUGAACAACUGAAAUUCGACCAUCAUGGCGCGCAGGGCGGAGGAGGCUGGGUGGAAGCUGGCGGAUCACCCGAGGCUGGGUAAAGGCAAGGUGGUGGGCGUGGUGGUGCUGGACGGCUGGGGCGAGGCGCCGCCCGACCCCUUCAACUGCAUCCAUGUCGCGGACACCCCCACGCUUGACGCCCUCAAGAAGGGUUCUCCGGAGAGGUGGAGACUGAUCAAGGCUCACGGGACGGCGGUGGGGCUGCCUACGGAUGAUGACAUGGGGAACAGCGAGGUCGGCCACAAUGCGCUCGGAGCCGGCCAGAUAUAUGCACAGGGUGCAAAAUUGGUAGAUAUGGCGCUCGCCUCUGGGAAGAUAUAUGAGGGGGAAGGUUUUAAGUACAUCCAGAAGUCCUUUGAGACUGGUACUUUGCACCUCAUUGGUUUGCUGAGUGAUGGAGGAGUACACUCAAGAAUUGAUCAGCUGCAGCAGCUGCUUCUGAAAGGAGCUAGUGAGCAUGGGGCGAAAAGGAUACGAGUACAUAUCCUCACGGAUGGUCGUGAUGUAUUGGAUGGCAGCAGUGUCACGUUCUUGGAAACGCUUGAAAAUGAUCUUGCUAAGUUACAGGAGAUGGGUGUUGAUGCAAGAAUUGCAUCUGGCGGAGGCAGGAUGUAUGUUACAAUGGACCGCUAUGAGAAUGAUUGGCAAGUAGUGAAGCGUGGUUGGGAUGCGCAGGUUCUAGGUGAAGCUCCACACAAGUUUCAAAAUGCCCUUGAAGCCGUGAAAAAGCUCAGGGAGGGUCCAAAGGCUAACGAUCAGUAUUUACCCCCCUUCGUCAUCGUUGACGAAAGCGGAAAACCGGUUGGGCCUAUACUGGAUGGAGAUGCUGUUGUGACAUUUAACUUCAGAGCUGAUCGCAUGGUGAUGCUUGCUAAGGCGCUAGAGUGCGAAAAUUUUGACAAAUUUGAUCGAGUCAGAUUCCCGAAGAUCCGCUAUGCUGGCAUGCUUCAGUACGAUGGCGAAUUAAAACUUCCAAGUCAUUACCUUGUUGCGCCCCCAGAGAUAGAGAGGACGUCAGGUGAGUACUUGGCAAACAAUGGCAUACACACCUACGCUUGCAGCGAGACUGUCAAAUUUGGUCAUGUCACAUUUUUCUGGAAUGGGAAUCGGUCUGGCUACUUCAAUCCAAACUUGGAAAAAUACGAAGAAAUUCCAAGUGACACGGGUAUACCCUUUAAUAUACAGCCAAAAAUGAAGGCCAGGGAAGUUGCAGAGAAGGCAAGGGAUGCCAUCCUAAGCAACAAAUUUGACCAGGUCAGGGUAAACAUCGCCAAUGGAGAUAUGGUUGGUCACACAGGUGACCUUGAAGCCACCAUCAUCGGCUGCAAAGCCGCUGAUGAAGCUGUCAAGAUAAUUCUUGACGCUGUUGAGCAAGUAGGUGGCAUUUUCGUAGUCACCGCUGACCACGGCAACGCCGAGGACAUGGUGAAAAGAGAUAAGUCCGGGAAACCGAUCCGUGACAGAAACGGAAAUGUUCAACCCCUUACUUCCCACACCCUGAAUCCAGUCCCGAUCGCCAUAGGAGGUCCCGGGCUUGCAUCAGGGGCUAGAUUCCGGGAGGACCUUCAGGAUGCCGGCCUCGCUAACGUCGCCGCAACAGUCAUGAACCUUCAUGGUUUUGAGGCUCCCAAUCACUAUGAGCCAACACUCAUCGAAGUCUCGGCAGCUCCCUACCUAAAGUCCUAAACACUUCAUCGGUCGGUCGUACAUAUCAGUGAAUUUGGCUCCCCUUUCUGCCAGUAACACGGUAUAGUUGUUCUCAUAUAUAACGUGGAUGCACGGGUUCCAGUGAUGGUUAUGUGCAGUAAAUAAACGUCUGCGUCUGUAUCUGAUAAACCUGUUGGUAUGAGAUGUGUAUCUGAUAAUCUGUUGGUGUGAGAUCAAUUAUUUGGCCCUUUUUUUUCCUGGAUUCA